AUGACUAAACAACUUUCAACAUUAACCAAACAAUUCAUAUCAAAUAUAGAAACUCAUAAAUUGACUACUGAUGCUAAAAGGAAUUUAAUAUUAUCAAUAUUGAAAAGUACAACUACAAAAAGAGAAGCUAAAAAUUAUUUAAAUAAAUAUCAAUCACAAUUUGAUUUAACCCUGGGAAAUAAUACUCAACGAGAUUUACAAAGAGAAUUAUUCAUUAACAGAUAUUUAAAGAAACAGAAUCCAUUCUUACAAAUAUAUAAUCAUGAUGAGAAAUUAAACAAAAUUCCAUUACGAAUUGCAAUUUUUAAAAUCAAAUUUACGAGCAUUAUAAAUUGGAAAGGUAUUGCCGAAACAUUUGAAAGAUUAAUUAAUCUCGGUAUUUCUCCUAUUAUAUUACUAGAUUAUGAUCAUGUAAAUGAACAAUUUAAAAAGAAGGAGUUGUAUAUGAUAGAUCAAGCAAAUAAAUUAUAUUCAAAUUUGAAAAAUUUAGAAUUACAAGUUUUAAGAUCUAUACUUACUGAGGAUAAAAUAGACUCACUAGAAUCAAUAUUAAUUCCAUUAUAUCAAGGUAUCAUACCCGUCAUACAACCAAUUGUUUAUGAGCCAACCAGUUGUGAUCAAAAAUUUAUAAAAAGUGAUGACUUAUUAUAUAGUCUUUGUUCAUCAUUGAUUGCUAAACGUACUACUAACUUAUUAACUAUUGAAAAAAUUGUCUUUGUCGAUCCAAUGGGUGGUAUACCAUCAAUUGAAAGGUCAAAUGCAAGUCAUGUUUUCAUAAAUUUAUCACAAGAAUAUUCAGAUAUAUUAUCAGAAUUAUAUAUUGGACAUAUAGGACCACUGGAAAGAGAUCUACAUGUGAAUAAUUUGAAUAGUAUGAAUAAGAUCUUGAAUUUUAUAUUUGAUAGUUCGAAGAAUGAUGAAACGACGGGGAUAAUUACCACACCAGAAAUAUUAUCAAUUAAUAAUGAUCAAUUAAAUCCAAUUAUCUAUAAUGUAUUAACUGAUAGACCAAUUAUAUCAUCUUCAUUACCUAGUUCAAACAAGAGAGUACCACAGUUAUCAACUACAAUUAUAAAGAAAGGUCUACCUGUGGAAAUUUACGAUGUGGAUAAUUUCAUAGGUGAUUUCACAUUGGAGAAUGUAUUCAAGGUGGUAGAUAAAGAUAAAUUAGUCGAUUUACUAAAUGAUUCAUUUGGGAAGGAAUUAGAUGUUGAUAAUUACAUCAAAAGAAUUAAUAAAAAUAUUGCAACGAUAGUCAUUGUUGGAGAUUACGACGGUGCUGCAAUUAUAACUUGGGAAUAUGCAAAUGGAGAAAAAGUUGCAUAUCUUGAUAAGUUUGCAAUUGCAAAGAAAAAUCAAGGAUUACCAGGAAUGGCAGAUGUUAUAUUCAAAAUUAUUUUAAGUUCACAUCCACAAGAAUUGAUAUGGAGAUCAAGAAAAGUCAAUCCUGUGAAUAAAUGGUAUUUUGAAAGAUGUGUUGGAUGUAUGAGUAAUGCAGACUCACAAUGGAAGAUAUUUUAUACUGGUGAAAUAUUCGAUAAGAAAAUUAAGAGGAAUAAAAACGGUAAAACUGGAAAAAAUGUGGUAGAUAUAAGUAAGAAGCUAUUACAAUAUAAUGAAAUAUGUGAGAAUAUAGAACCAUCAUUUCAAUAG